AUGUCAGUAAACUGGAUACAAAAGCACAAGAAGCAGGAGCUGAUCGAUCUUUCCAACGAGAUUGGCUAUGAACUCGAGGACGGCCUGAAGAAGGACGAGAUCGUCGAGAGCCUGCACGACUAUCUCCAACAAAACGCGACGCGCCUGUCGAAUAACGCGUCGCURGAGGGUUACUACGGAGCUGCUGUCGGCCGACGCACUCCAUAUAAGACCCGCGACGAGGUCGUUGCGUCGGGCGAUGAGCCUGAAGUCACCGAAGUCAAGAGCGUGGUUCGUGGGCGCGGCAGGAAAGCCACGAAGAUCAAGCAGGAGCCUGUUGAUGACUCCGAUUAUCCCUCGCCAACUGCUGUCGCAAAGAGCGCCGCCUCGGCCCUCUCCAAUGCAGUUCUUUCGCCUUUUUCCCACAACGCCCAGGCCUCCUCAGCCCGCACCCCAGCGACCACCCGUAGCAGCGCUCGUCGAAGGUCUGAGCUUCCUGCCUCGCCCGCUGACAUUGCAGACAUGGCCGAAUACGAGUCCGCGGCCAUCGCUUCGCGCAUUUCUGAACUCUACGAGAACUUUGGCGUGAGCGAGAACAUCGAGUACCUUCGCGAAGUUUGCUCGACCGUUCCUGCCGUACACCUCACCUUUGGCUCCUUGGAAGCUUWCGCAUUGCUUUGGGCCUUGAUGCCAUGGAAGUACGCAUUCGACAUCCCCGCCGUUGAUGCGUUAAACACGUCUAGCCAUGCUGUCAAACUCCCGGAUCUGUUUGUCCUUWUGACCGGAUACUGGUGGUCAGCGACCCUUCUUUGGGCGUCAACGAGCAUUUUGUUUCCGCUUCUGUUCGGCUAUUUCUUCAAUCUUACCGUCCGGAAUGUUGGACGUGGACAGACCAGGAAGUACACCGUCGAUCCCUUCACGUUUGCCGUAGUCAAGGGCAUUGCAACGUAUCUCGUCUACUGCAAAGGGGUCGACUUCAUGGGAAUCAUCAAUCCUGAUGUCGCACAGCGCGUCGACGAGGCGGUGCUUGGUGGUCAUUCAGCUGUCCUCCUCGGCAGUGGUAUCAGUGCGUUGGCAAGUCUUUACGAAGCCGCCCAGAAGAAGUGA